GCGUCCAGACUUCAUCUUCUGAGGAAGUAGUAGCAGUCAUCAUGCCUGAUCCAGUGAAAGCGCCCAAGAAGGGCUCCAAGAAAGCCGUGACCAAGACCGCCGCUAAAGGCGGCAAGAAGAGGAGAAAGAGCAGGAAGGAGAGCUACGCCAUCUACGUGUACAAGGUGCUGAAGCAGGUCCACCCCGACACCGGCAUCUCCUCCAAGGCCAUGAGCAUCAUGAACUCGUUCGUCAGCGACAUCUUCGAGCGCAUCGCCGGCGAGGCCUCCCGUCUGGCCCACUACAACAAGCGCUCCACCAUCACCUCCAGGGAGAUCCAGACCGCCGUCCGCCUGCUGCUGCCCGGGGAGCUGGCUAAGCACGCCGUGUCUGAGGGCACCAAGGCCGUCACCAAGUACACCAGCUCCAAGUAGACCACUCCUCUACCGCCACCACAACAACACAAAGGCUCUUUUAAGAGCCACCCACUGCUACUGGAAGAGCUCUGCUUUCUAUGCUGUUUUACAUCUAACAAUGUAGAUCACAACACAUUAACUCAUCCAGAUACGUUUCAAUACAUUAUACAACUGAACUGUGUGUGCGUGUAAUACUGACAAAUGCACAUGAAAAACCUGCUUAUAUAACUACAUAAACAGUACAAACUUGCCGGUCAGUAUUUCAUACCAGAUUUGAGAUUUUCAUGAACAUUUUCUCUAUCGGACACAGCACAGUGGCGUGAAUAGUGUGAGAAGUACAAAAAUACACUGUUUAACACAACAUCCUGGACUAAACAAAGUUGAGCCUGAACUAAAUGUCCUCAUGAAAAUUUAAAAGGAUGGUUUAUUAAAUAUAAGUGUAUAUAUAUCUAACCCCUAACCCUAUAUAUAUAUGUUAAGGCAAUCUUCGCAUACAUCGAAAGAAAAACAAAGCUAUACUCAGACCAAUUAAUUGCAAGUUGCUGUAAAGAGGAAAUUCCCGCUAUAAAAAACAUACGGACAUUGUGUGAACUGGUAAUUUGGUAUUCUAACAAACCUUUAUGAGGUCAUAAAUAUAGAUUUAUUUGCUUUAUUGUG